AUUCGAUUCCACCGACGCGAGAAAGGAAGACGACGACGCAGCGAUGGGGAAAGCUUCGGGAGCGAAACAGGCGACUGUGGUGGUAGCAGCGUUAGCGUUCGGGUGGUUAGCCAUAGAGAUCGCUUUCAAGCCUUUCCUCGACAAAUUCCGCUCCUCCAUUGACCAAUCUGACCCGUCCAAAGACCCUGAUGACUUCGAAUCCGACGCCGACGCCGCUACUACUAAGACCCCGUCCGACCAGAGUUUGUAAAAUUAGGGUUUUAUCAGAUCAAAUAUAGUUUGCCGAUUUCAAUCUAUAGCUGCUCCAUUUCCUGUAUUGAUGAAUCUUUGGGUUUUAAUCUGUACCAAAGUUUGUUAUUUUUGGAAACUUCUGCAAUUACCUUGGAUCUAUGAUUGUUCAAUUUGCAUAA